CGCCUCUUCCCUCCAUCCCGAGGCGGGAGCGCAUGCGCAGCGGCCGCCUCGGUAAAGUGAGGGGUGGGCUUCCUUCACGUUGCCGGCCGCGCGUCCCCAUGAGGAGAAAGAGGCGGCGGCGGCGGCGGUCGGACGGGCGAGGAUGGGCUCGUUGAGCAGCCGCGUGUGGGGGCCCAGAGCCGGGGCGGCUGAGGGGGCGGAAGCGGCGGGGGGCCGGAGGGGCGACGGGGCCCUCCCCAAACGGAAGCGCGGCGAGGGGCUGAGCGAGAGCGAGAGCGGCGAGGAGAGCGACGGCGAGGAGCGGCUGCUCAGCACCCCCAGAAGGAAAAAGCUAAAGAGCACUUCGAAGUAUAUUUAUCAGACUCUGUUUCUGAAUGGUGAAAACAGUGAUAUUAAAAUAUGUGCCCUGGGAGAAGAAUGGAACUUGCACAAGAUAUACCUGUGUCAGUCUGGCUACUUUUCAAGUAUGUUCAGUGGGUCUUGGAGAGAAUCAGGAAUGGAUACAAUAGAAUUGGAAAUUCCUGAUCAGAAUAUUGACAUAGAAGCCUUACAGGUUGCCUUUGGCUCACUUUACCGGGAUGAAGUCUUAAUAAACCCUAGCAGAGUCAUUGCCCUCCUGGCAGCUGCCAGCAUGUUACAGCUGGAUGGCUUAAUUCAGCAAUGUGGUGAGACAAUGAAGGAAACAAUUAAUGCAAAAACUGUAUGUGGUUACUAUAAUUCUGCGGGAACAUAUGGAUUAGAUUCUUUGAAAAAAAAGUGUCUUGAGUGGCUCUUGAACAACCUGAUGACCCACCAGAGUGUGGAACUCCUCAAAGAACUCAGCAUCAACCUCAUGAAACAGCUGAUCGGUUCCUCUAAUCUGUUUGUCAUGCAAGUGGAGAUGGACAUAUAUACUGCUCUAAAGAAGUGGAUGUUCCUUCAGCUAGUGCCUUCUUGGAAUGGAUCAUUGAAACAGCUUUUAAGUGGAGCAGAUGCCUGGUUCUCCAAGCGCAGGAAAGAUUUUGAGGAUGGGAUCUCAUUCUUGGAAACAGAACAAGGAUAUGCAUUUAUACCUGUGUUCAAAUAUCUGAGGCUGCAGUAUAUAAUCAGUGAUCUUGCAUCCGCAAGAAUUAUUGAACGAGACAGCCUGAUCCCUGCAGACUGGCUGUUCUCUGUUUACAAACAGCAGUGGUUUGCCAUGCUUAGAGCAGAACAAGACGGUGACAUUGGGCCUCAAGAGAUUAAUAAAGAGGAACUAGAAGCAAACAGUAUGCGGUGUGGCAGAAAACUUGCCAAAGAUGGUGAUUAUUGCUGGCGAUGGACAGGCUUCAACUUUGGCUUUGAUCUGCUGGUCACAUACACCAAUCGUUACAUUGUCUUCAAACGCAACACGCUAAACCAGCCCUGCAGUGGCUCCGUCAGUUUGCAGCCCCGAAGAAAUAUUGCUUUCAGGCUGCGCCUGGCUUCUUUUCAUAGCAGUGGAAAGCUUAUUUGUAGCAGAACUGCAGGAUACCAGAUACUAACCCUGGAAAAAGAUCAGGAACAAGUAGUGAUGAAUUUGGACAGCAGACUGCUGGUCUUCCCUCUGUAUAUCUGCUGCAACUUCCUGUAUACUUCCUCCGAGAAGAGAAGAGAAAACGAUGGGCAGUGAGAUAACCCAGCCGAGAUUGACUUUUGAAAUGGAAUCUGAUAUCCUGAUUGGCAGCUCCGGCAGCUCCAGCCGGCAUGACUAACCGGUGAGGUAUGUUGGGAGCUGUAGUUUUGGAAGACUUGUGAGCCACAGGCUCCUCACUCCUGCUGCAGCAGAUAAAUGCGAUGCCCACCUCACCUCUCUACAUUCCUUUGCCCAUCUGAAUAGUUGAAACUACUUACGAUGACCCAUUUUCUCCUGUGAAUUCUCAGCCCUAGAGAAUGACACAUACAAGGAUCGCCACCAAUUUCUUGGCAGUACAGAAAUACUUUGAACGCAGUUCAUUAACUGACCUUGCUUAAUUAAAAGGGAGUAGGAUGAUGUAUCAAUAAAGCCCACAAAUUAGCUUUAAUAGAGAACACAGUUUUUUUAUGGUCUCUUGAUUUGUUCUUCUGACCAAGCCCUUCGUUGUUAAGGGUCAGUUCCUGGCUCAAUGAAACCUCUGGAUUGUCUUUAAUUCAUUAUACUUGUAAAUACUUCCUAUUGAGUUGAAAACUUCGUAUAAUACAUCCUGUUUUGUUUCCAAGAAAUAUAUAUAUAUUUUUAAACAUUGAUUGUAUUUUUUAAGAGUCAUUUUGUAGAAUCCAGCUGCCUCAAUUCAGCAUUUUUAAUUCAUCAGAUCCAUCAUUUAAAUCUCAGAUGUACUUUUUUAACUUUUUGAGUUUUGGCUCGAAAGGAAAAAGCACUCCCAAAACCCGAAGCAAGUGGGUCAGCCUCUGCUAGUCAGGUGGCUACAUCCAGCCCAGGAGAAAAGGGGCUGUAGCCGAGAAUUGCCUUUUGACCCCCGGGUCUCUCUGAUCUUUUCUGCUCUGUGGCCAGAAGGGCCCCCGGGGGUAAAUCCUGGAUCCCAGGUAACUUUCAAGGCACCCAAGUCCCAGGGGACUGAAGGUACAUGCAACAGAUCUCAGGACUUCAAAAACUAGCCUGUUAAAUAGAAGCAUCGGAAGGCCUUGUUUUACUGAACUCUGACUUGGAAGGGGAAUAUAAAUCCCAUCUUCAGGAAUUUAGAAUUUCCGAGUUGUAUUUUUUUAUUUGAGCACUUACUUUGCAUAAGAUAAGAUUGCUAUUCCAAAAACCAUCUAUCCUUAAACACUUGCUAUAAUAUUUAAUUCAAAAUAUAUCCCUCAUCGAGUUAUGAAGAUAAAAUGUCUUGUUCAGGACAGUGAAACGACAGAUUGAGAAUCAACUAUCUGUAGUUUAGAAUUCUUCAUUGUUUAUUUUGUUUUGGGGAGGAUUCAUUAAAAAAACAUUGCUAAUCCUG